AUGGCUGCUUCUCUGCUCACUCUCACCUCGUGGAUGGAGCUCUCGCGUCUGCGCUCCACGGCAGAGGCCCACGACAAUCUCCUAGUGUCGGUGAACGCGAUGGACCGCACUCACAAAGACCCGUCGCCAUCCGACUGGUCCCCCGUGCCGAGUCUCCUCGCGCGCCUGGGCUUGACUUUCCUCCUGGGCUCCACACUCUGCAUGUGCAGCGCCUGGGUGGUCAUGGGCUUUGGCGCGUCUCAUUGGAGCCACCUGCCCGCCUACGUGUACCAGAGCACCGUUGCCCACCUCGUCACCGUUUCACAAGUGUGUGACUUCCUGCGACUGAGGGAUGUGGCACGUCGUCUUCUGAACCUCCUGCAGCAGGAGGUGUGCCCGGCCGCGGCCCGGGUUCGCGCCUUCCGCCAUGCGUGGCUGCUCGUGUACAGGAACGCGUGCCAGCACAGCGUGCUCCCCGUCACGGCCACGGUUCACAUGACCGUGCUUUUGUUGCUCUUCACCAUCAACGGCUACACUGCCGCUCUGGCCUGCUUGGCGGUUAACAGUGGGCAACGAUCAGACUCAGUGUGGCCCCAGGUGUUCAUAUCUUCAUUCGGGGCGAUGAUCAACGCUCUCAGCAUCCUCGCCAUCAAUGACGCAGCGCAUCGCCUGGCCGAGGAGAUCGAGACCCCCUUCCUAGAAAUGCUGCAGAGAGACAAUUUUGCCUCGAGACUUCACACGGACAUCCGGUGCGAGGUGAGGUCACGCGACGCACUAGGAUUGCAACAGAGAGAAAAUGGUCGAAGAGAAGGUCUUCCUGUUUAA